AUUACUAGUAGCUUGCUCCAGCAGUAGCACGCAGAGUAGCACGUCCAGUAAACCUGUACACACAUGGACAGCGCAAAGGACCACAGAGGCAAAGGUUGUAAUAGCACUGAAACCAGGGGCGGAAAAGCAUCGGCAUGCACAACGUCUUUCAUGCACAACCAAUUGUAGAAAAGUUACCGUUGAAGAUCACAUGUGUCGACUCGUAUGAGAACCAUAUCGUGGUGGGGGCGGACAACGGGUCUCUUUUGCUGUACAACGUAGAGGAAGAGCCAAGUUUUACGAUAAACUUGGUCGAAACACGCGUGGGGUCGACUUCGAAGCCUGUGGAUGCCAUCUGCAUCUUGAAUGGCACCGAUUCCGUGGCCGUUCUUUCAGCGGGGGCCGUUCGAAUCCACAGGAUAAGCACUUUGGAGCUGAUCGUAAGCCUGGAUUCGAUCAAAGGGGCGCUUUGUAUAGGGUCACCGAAACCUGCGGAAAACGACGCGGAGACCACUACCUCCUCGCAGUUUGCUGUCACAUCGAAGAACAGGCUGUGGAUCUGGACCUUUGAUGGUCGAGAUGCCAAAUCAGAGAAGGAGCUGGCCUUGCCAGACAGGACCAGAUCGAUCACCUGGAGCCAUUCACCCGAUGUUUUAUUCCUCGGCUACACACGAUCUGUGUCGCGCGUGGACAUUUCAACAGGCACCAUCACCGAUGUGCAUUCGUUCCGGACAUCGAUAGCAGGAGCAAUAGGCAGUUUCGCGCCGAUGAAGCAGGCGGCGGUUCUCGUCGAUGUCCUAUCCGAAGAUAGGCUGCUGGUGACGAAAGAUGAGACGACCAUUGUGGUGCAAGAAAACGGGACUGUGGUCCAUGAUGUGGAGAUUGGAUGGAGCGCUCCGCCAUACGUCGUGGGUAAUAGCUAUGUAGCACAUGUCGGGGGGGUUCAACAUCUCACCAUCGUUGGCUUUGCAGCGCCAUGGCCACCGUUCGUCGUUGCGCUCCUCCCCCGUCACGUGGAAGUGCGGGCCUUGCAGCGUAACGUCGUAGUGCAGACUCUACCACUACCUGGUGUAAAUACUGUGGUGUUUGGACAUUCCAUUUUGGCUGCUAGCCCCACGUCGAUAUGGAGACUACUACCGGUCGAUUUUGAAGAUCAAAUAGAACAGCUCCUCGGGAACGAUGAGUACGCAGAUGCACAAUCCCUGGUGGAAGAGCUUGCGUUUCCGACGGAACAAGAUAAGAUCGCGAACGUCAUCCGCAUACGCGGGAUGUACGCCCACCACUUGUUCAGAGCCGAACACAAGUAUCAGGAAGGCCUGUCCAUACUGCAGGAGCUAAACGCGUCCCCACUGGAUGUCAUCAAUCUCUUUCCCGAAUUCGCUCCCCCCGAUCCAGAUGCAUCUAGCGAGCCAGUCCAGCCAUCAGAUAGGAACGCCAUCAUGUUACUAUUGACGUACCUGACUGAACAGCGCGGGGUUCUCUCGCGGCUUCGGCAGCAACAGGAAGCCUACGCGAAAAGUGUCAUGGGCUCAGCAAGCCAAGCCGCGACAACCAAUAUCGCCGACACGGUCUACCUCUCCGAAGUGGUCGAUACUACCCUCCUAAAAGUCUACCUCCAAGUAAACGAAGCCCUCGUCGGCCCCCUUCUGCGCGUCACCAACCACUGCAACGUCUCCGAAAGCGAGUCCCUCCUCCUCCACCGCGAGAAAUUCGACGAGCUGAUUUCGCUGUACCGCACAAAGGGCCUCCACAGGAAAGCGCUCGAGUUUCUCAAAACGAAAGCCACCUCGCCCGAAGCCACCGCUGCGGAAACAGAGAAGAUGGUGCAGUACCUCCACGCCCUGAACAUGGAAUCCAACCUGGACCUCAUCCUGGAGUACGCGGCGUGGAUCCUCAGCAAAGACCGUAAAGAAGGGAUGAAGAUCUUCACCGAGCAUUAUGACGAGCUCAGCUUGGACACCAAGAAACGCAUUGCAGCGUUUUUGCUGGAUGUGGAUGAGGACUUUGCAAUGGGGUAUUUGGAGUAUUUGGUGCAUGAGACGAAGGAAGUGGAUGCGGGGAUUCAGGAGUCGUUGCUGUUGAUAUAUCUUUCCCGAUUGAGGAGGGAGUUGGGGGCGAGGACGGGGCUGGCGGGGCCGAUGGUGCCGAGUCGGGAUGGAGCAGAAGGCUCCGGUAAAUCCUUCUGGGACAUCCGACGUAAACUCACAAAGAUGUUGGAAACAUCGACCACCUAUCGGCCCGAGAAGAUAUUAGACGCCUUACCUGCUGAUGCACUGUACGAGGAAAAAGCCAUAGUCCUCAGCCGUCUCAAACGUCACGAGGAAGCGUUACGCAUCUACAUCGAGAAAGUGCGGAAUUACCGUAUGGCUAAUCUGUACUGCGAGAAACACUACGACCCCUCCGACCCCCAGUCCCGCGACGUGUUCCUCCUCCUUCUCCAAUUGUACCUCUCCCUCCUCUCCAAGAACGAGUUCCCGUUGCCGGAGAUAUUGUCGUUUAUGACCAUCUACGGCGCUAGCAUCGAUGCGAUUCGGGCAAUGGCGAUAUUACCCCAAACCAUCCCCCUAACUGACCUCCUCGGCUACUUCGAACGUAACAUGCACGAUACGCAUCGGACGCGGAAUACGAAUGAGGUUGUCAAGAAUUUACUGAAGGCUGAGUGUAUACAGUUCAAAUCGCGAUUAUCGCACCACACGUCGGUGCGGAUCCCCGUCACCGACGAACGGAUGUGCUCGAUAUGUCUGAAACGUAUCGCGAAUAGUGUGUUUACGAGAUUUCCGGAUGGUGUUAUUGUACAUGCUUAUUGUGCUUCGCGGCAAUAAACAAUGGCGGCUGUAUCUACAGAAGAGCUUUCGUACUAUACACAUGCAGGGGUGACGGUGUGGGUCAUGACUAUCUUACUGUUUUUAAGAUUGGGGGUAAUCUAAACGCUGGAGAGUUUCUAACGGCGAGUGAAACGACGGACGAUAGUCAUCACCCCGCGCGGGGGCGGCCGAUUCUCCCCCCACUUCCAAUCCCAACCACGCUCACUACCAUCAGUAAUCCCGCAAUACGAAACCUGCUCUCGCGUUCCUAUCGAGCCCCAGGCGCAUCAGGGGUGCUCGCCAGCCGUGAGUCCAGCGCUUUCAACGCCAACGCCCUAUAUCAUAG